AUGUCGAGCGGCUGGAAUACAAUCGAUUCCGAUGCAGGAGUCUUCUCGGAAUUGGUGGAGAAGUUGGGUGUGCACGAUGUUCAGAUAGAUGAACUCUAUUCCAUAGACACGGAAUCGCUUCGAGCAUUGGCGCCAGUGUACGCCGUGAUCUUUCUUUUCAAGUAUGGAAACCUUGACAAGGAGUUCGCUGCCAAAAACGAGCCAAUCGAUGGGGUUUACGACCCCGAUUACCAGGACAAGGGCAUCUUCUUUGCCAACCAGACCAUCCAGAACGCCUGCGCCACUCAGGCCGUGUUGAAUUCGCUUUUGAAUAAAACGGACGACAUUGACGUGGGUGAAGAGCUUGGGAAUAUCAAACUGUUCAUCGCAGGUUUUGACUCAGAAAUGUGCGGAGAGACUAUCUCCAAUAGUGAAACGAUCAGAACAGUCCACAACUCCUUUUCUGCCCCGCGAUUCAUUGACUCUAGUGAGUUGCCUCGGCCAGAAGUCGACAGCAAGGAUGAUGGGCUUUUCCACUUCGUUACGUUUUUGAACUUAAACAACACCAUCUAUGAGCUUGACGGCUUGAAACGUUAUCCCAUCAUCCACGACCGCCUCGACUCGCCUAAGGAUUUCUACGAGAAAUUGCCAGGUGUUCUUCAAAGGCGAAUUGCGAAGUAUUCGGGCGAGAUUCGUUUUUCGCUUUUGGCCAUCACAAAUAACAAGUUGAACCAGUAUCAAUUGACCGGUGAUGCGCAAGGGGUGGAGCAAGAGCUUGCAAAGAGAGAAACAUGGAGUAGUGAAAAUGCUCUUAGAAGGCAUGACUUCCCGCGUCUCAGCAUUGAGCUUUUGAAGAACAUUAGUCACGAUAUGGAUGACGACGAGUGGGAAAAGCUCCUACUCCUGGCAAAAAAGGCCGCCAUGAAAAGGUAUCAGCAGCUCAAGAAGUGA